AUGAUUUUAGAAUUAAUUUUCUUAUUUACAGGUGUACAAUCUAUUACUUUAAAAUUCAAAGUACCACCUGGAUAAUAAUAAUGCAUCAAAGAUUCUGUGUCUUAAAAUACACUUAUUUAUGGUAAUUAUGAUACAACAUCAUCACUUUAUACUUUUACAUUAAGUGUAAUUCAAUAUAUAUAUAUAUUAUAGAUUAUUAAUUAAUAGGAUUAAGAAUCAAUCAUUAUUGAAUACUCUAAUGAUAUCAAUCAAUAAUUUCAUUAUGUUAUGGAGGAAUCAGGAGAGAUUUCUAUAUGUUUUGAAGUAGAUGAUUAUUCUGAUAUUACAACUUUUAAUCUAUUUUAUGAAAGUGGUACUUAAAGUAUAAUAAUAUUAGGGGCUGAAAUAUAUGACUAAGAUUUAUUAGCAAAAAAAUAGCAUGUUCUUAAUUUAAAUGAAACUUUAGAGACUAUGGAAUAAUUAUAAUAAGAUAUAUCAAGAGAACAAUUAUUAAUUGUUGAUAGAGAAAAUAAAAGAAAAUAUAGUUUUACAGAUAUUUAAACUAAAAUUAUUGGUUUUGCUGGUAUAACAUUUGGAUUAUUAAUUAUUGUGGCUACUUGUUAAGUUAUUUAUGUUAGAAGAUUUGUAGUAUAUAAGAAAUUAGCAUGA